AUCAAUUGCCAUAGUGACUGUUAUUGCACAGUAGAACAAUAUAGAAAGCAAACACCGGAGCCAUGCCAGAGCCCGACACAGAGCCGAACCAUCAGCCAAAUGCUGAAAUCGAACCAGAAAAUGAGUUUGAGUCGGUGGAGUUAGGAGAAGAAGUUGAAGUUGAAGCAAAUACUGCCGAGGCUGGAGAUGCCGAAGUUGGUGAACAAGAGCCAGAACAAGAAGAAGAACAAGAGCCAGAGCAAGUAUCAGAACCAGAACCAAAGCCAGAACCAGAACACGACGAUGGAUCAGAAGUCAAUGGACAUGAAUCAGAAGUCAAUGGACAUGAAUCAGAAGUCAAUGGACAUGAAUCCAACGGUAACGGAUCGACAAGUGUGGUAGAUCAGAAUCAACAAGAACAUGCACAGAAUGGAGAAUCAAGUACUCCUAUGAUUGACGUAACAGCCAGUCUGAUCGAUGCAUCCGUCCAGAGUAUCGACUCCCGCACCAUCGAGUCACCUCGUGUAGUUUCAGGUUCAACUCCUUCUCGUAGACAUUCCACCGUCUCAUUUACUUCUAACACCAAUUCCAAUGCUACCGUUGACAAUUCUCAAAUAUUCAAAAAGACAUUCGAAAUCAUUCUUGAAUCAAAAGAAGCCAAGAAGAUUCCCGAAUUAAAAGAAGCCAUUCAAAAUGCUCUUAAUUCAUUUAAUGAAGGUGCUUCUCGAGAUCCAUAUAUUAUUUUAACUGCCUUACAAGUAACUUGUGAGAAAUCCAACAGUAAUGAUUUAAAGGCUAAAGCCAUUGAUUUAUUUGCAAAAUUAUUUGAUUAUGCCCAAUUUGAUGAUGAAAAUGAUAAAGUUCAAUUAACUGAAAGAUCAGUUUAUAUAAUUCUGGGAUGUUUUGAUGGUGAAGGAACUGAUCCUGAUGUAGAAUUACAAGUAGUACGAGCUUUAAUGCAUAGUAUACUUUUAAUGCCAUGUCAUGGAGCUCCUUUAUUAAAGGCAGUAAGACAAAUUUAUAAUGUAUUUAUCUUUUCAUUAUCAGCUAGAAAUCAAUCAGUAGCUCAAGGAACUUUAACUCAAGUUAUUCAAGCUAUAUUUAGAAGAAUAUCUGAUUCAACUUCAUUUAAAGCAAGAGCCAAUAAAUCCAAUAGUAAUACUAGAUUAUCAUUAAAAUCAAGUAAAGAAGAAUUAAAUAUUGAUCAACAACAACCACCAUUUGAAGAAAAGUUAACCUUAAAAAAUUUAGAAAAAUUUAAUGAUGAACAUGAAGAUAAUGUUCGAGUUGAUGCAGCAAAUCAAGCUAAUGAAAAGGAUGAAGAUUUAUUUGUUAAAGAUGCAUUUUUAAUCUUUCGAGCCAUGUGUAAAAUAUCAAUUAAACCAAUAGAUGAAACUGCUGAUAUGAGAUCUCAUUCAGUUAGAUCUAAAUUAUUAAGUUUACAUAUAAUUCAUACUAUUUUAAAAGAACAUAUUGAUAUUUUUUUAAGUUCCGAUGUGGUUAUAUUUUCAUCAAAGGAAGGUGAACAAACUCGAUUAAUAAAUGCAGUAAAGCAACAUAUAUGUUUAGCAUUAUCAAGAAAUGCCGCUUCAUCAUUAGCUCCAGUAUUUGAAUUAUCAUUAGAAAUCUUUUGGAUUAUUGUAUCUAAUUUACGAGCAGAAUUUAAACGAGAAAUCCCCGUGUUCUUAGAUGAAAUUUAUUUCCCGGUUGGAGAAAUGAAAUCAUCAACUCCUCAUCAAAAGAGAUAUUUAUUAUCAGUAAUAGAACGGUUAUGUAAUGAUUCAAGAUGUAUUAUUGAAUUUUAUUUAAAUUAUGAUUGUGAUGCCAGUAUGCCAAAUAUUUGUGAAAAGAUUAUUGAAUAUUUAACUCGAUUAUCUCUUCAAAGAGUUGAAGUUAGUCCCUCACAAAAAUUAGCUUAUCGUGAAAAUAAACGUAAUGAUAUAUCAGUUUAUGAUGUUACAAAGAUUGCUAAUUUAACUAGUAGUACUAUGUCAUCCAAGGCUCCUGAACCAGAAAUUUAUAAUCAAUUCCCCCUUGAGUAUGCCUUAAAAAUGACAUCAAUUAAUUGUACGGUUGCCUUCUUAAGAUCCUUACAUUCUUGGGCUCAUAAGGGAAUAAAUAAUUCAUUUAAUUUUAAUGGAUCUAAAUUGGAAUUACAAAGACAUCGAUCGGGAACUUUGGAUUCGAAUUCUUCGACAUUAAAUAAUUCUCGUAAUGCUUCAUUUGUUAAUAAUAGUGUUAGUACUACCAACAAUACUACUAAUACUAAUAUUAACAAUUCUGAAUCGAAUGACAAUGAUAUCCCUGAACAAUUUGAAAGUCUGAAACAAAGAAAGAAGGCCCUUUUAGAAGGGAUUAAACAAUUCAAUCAAAAGGCUAAAAAGGGUAUUAGUUAUUUUAUUUCUAAAGGAUUUAUUGAAGUCGACGAUCCUGUACACAUUGCCCAAUUUUUAUUAGAAACUGAUGGAUUAGAUAAGACGGUUAUAGGUGAAUAUCUUGGAGAAGGAGAUGAAAAGAAUAUUGCCAUUAUGCAUGCGUUUGUUGAUGAUAUGGAUUUCACCAAUACAGAUUUUGUUGAUGCUAUGAGAAGAUUCUUACAAGCCUUCCGACUCCCUGGAGAGGCUCAAAAGAUUGAUAGAUUUAUGUUAAAAUUUGCUGAACGAUACUUAUUAGGUAAUCCCAAUAUUUUCAGUAAUGCCGAUGCAGCUUAUGUAUUGGCCUAUUCAGUUAUUCUUUUAAAUACUGAUUUACAUUCUCCUCAAAUUAAGAAUAGAAUGACAUUUGACAAUUUCGUGGCUAAUAAUGCCGGAAUCGAUGAUGGGAAGGAUUUACCUCGAGACUUUCUUCAAGGAGUUUAUGAAGAGAUUAAACUGAAUGAAAUUAAAUUAAAAUCAGAACAACAUGCAGCCCUAUUAGCUGGAGAUUUAGCCGUAGUACCCACUAGUUCAGGAGGUGGAGGACUCUUUGGAAAUCGAGAUUGGAAUCGUGAAGUUUAUAUACAUGCCUCUAAGGAAAUGUCCAGUAAAACUGAGAAAUUAGUUAUUGGAUUAGGUAAAAAACUUAAUUCUUCGACUUCUAAUGGAUUCUUCUAUACGGCAUCACAUGUUGAUCAUGUUAAAUCAAUAUUUGAUACACUUUGGAUGUCGAUCUUAGCCGCGUUAACUCCUCCAUUUAAAGAAUAUGAUGAAGAUGAUGUUACGCAAAUUUGUUUAGAAGGGAUUAAAUUAUCGAUUCGAAUUGCCAGUCUAUUCAAUUUAGAUUAUGCUCGAGGUUCAUUCAUUGGAGCGUUAAUUCAAUUUGCUAAUUUAAGUACUUAUGAAGAAAUGAAAGCUAAGAAUGUUAAUGCCAUUUAUAUCUUACUUGAUGUGGCAGUAACCGAUGGAAAUCAACUUGGAAAUGCUUGGGGUCAAGUGCUUACAUCCAUAUCUCAAGUUGAAAGAUUGAAAUUGAUAGCUCAAGGCAUUGAUCAAGAAUCUAUUCCCGAUGUAUCUGUAGCUAAACUUGUUAAUCGAUCAUCUGUUGAAGGUAAUAGUAGACCCAGUACCAGUAUCUUCCGACUGUUUACUUCAUCGUCUCCGUCGGCAUCUCAAGCUGCUUCAAUUAAAUUUCAUAAUCAACAAUUAUCACCAUUUGUAGCCCAAUUAUUUACUAAGAAAGAAUUAGAUGUGGCAGUAGAUAAAGUAUUUGCCAAUAGUGCCAAUUUAUCCGGUGAAGCUAUCGUCGAUUUCGUUAAGGCCUUAUCGAAAUUGGCUCUUGAAGAAAUUCAAUCUUCAGGUCAAAGUGAUAAUCCUCGAACCUUUGCCCUACAAAAAGUCGUAGAUAUUUGUGGAUAUAAUAUGAAUCGUAUUCGUCUUGAAUGGUCUCAAUUAUGGUCCAUAUUGGGUGAAACAUUUAAUGAAGUUGGAUGUCAUAGCAGUAUUCAAAUUCUGUUUUUUGCUAUAGAUUCAUUAAGACAAAUGUCUAUGACCUUCUUAGAGAUUGAAGAGUUACUGCAUUUCAAAUUCCAGAAGGAAUUCUUAAAACCCUUUGGAUAUAUCAUAGUUCAUAAUGGUUCGUUAGAAGUUAAGGGGUUUGUAUUGGAAUGUAUCAAUCAUAUGAUUCUUGCUAAGGCUUCUAAGAUUAAAUCCGGUUGGAAGACUAUCUUUGAAGUAUUGACGGCUGCUGCUAAGGAGAAUAAGGAGAGUCUUGUGAUGACGGCCUAUAAAUUAGCCAAUUGGAUUCAUAAGGAUUACAUUGCUGAAGUUCGAGCUCAAGACUCAUUUAAAGAGCUCGUGAUAUGUUUCACUACGCUAGCCAAGAAUGAAAGAUUUCAACGGGUGAGUCUCUUGUCGUUGGAUGUGUUACUGAGACUCAUUAAUCAUAUUGCUCAGUAUAGCUUUACUGAAUCUGAUAGUACCACCAGUACCACCAAUGGAGUAGGCAAUGGAGCAGAUAAAUCAGAACUACUUGACAAAUUAUGGUUCCCAUUAUUAGAGGGGUUUGUGGACAUUAUAAUGCAAGGAGACGAAUUAGAAGUUCGAGCUCGAGCCCUAAAUUAUCUAUUCACAGUAAUUCUGCAAUAUGGAGAAUACUUUGAAAUCCCCUUCUGGGAUAGGAUAUGUAAAGAAUUACUAUUCCCUAUUUUUGGAAUUUUAAGUAAACACUGGCAAUUAAAUAUCGAUGAACUGAAUGAUAAAUUAUCCGUUUGGUUAUCGACUACAUUAAUUCAAGCCUUAAAUCAAAUGAUUAGUUUAUUUGGUCAAUAUUUCGAUUCAUUAAAUCAUCUUUUACCCAUGUAUUUGGAUUUAAUUACUUCAUGUAUUUGUCAAGAAAAUGAUACAAUUGCUAAAAUUGGUCGUGAAUGUUUAUCGACUUUAUUAAUUGAUAGUUGUAAUAAAUUUGAAACUGGGCAUUGGAAACAAAUCAGUCAGUCAUUUGAUAAUUUGUUUGAUUUAACUACUGCUACAGAAUUAUUCACAUUAGAUCCUCUUAGAAAUCGAUCUAAACAUGAUAAUCUUGAGAAUGGCGAUGUAGUGUCACAGGGAGAAGAGUUUGAUGGAACAGAGACCAGUUUUGAUAAUUCCACCAGCAAUAAUACAUUGGGUAAAUCCAAGAUUGUGGUUAAGAGUGUACUACAAUUAUUACUAAUUCAAACCCUUUCAGAACUAUUUGAAAGUGAUUCAUUCUAUGAAGCUAUACCGUAUGAUGCAUUAAUGGAAUUGGCAUUUUUAUUACUUAAAAGUUAUCAAUUUGCUAAGAAAUUUAAUGACCAUUAUGAUUUAAGAGUUCGAUUAUGGAAUGCUGGAGUUAUUGAAAGAUUACCUAAUUUAUUAAAACAAGAAUCUUCUUCAUCAGCCGUAUUUAUUAAUGUUAUGUUUAGAAUGUAUUGUGAUGAUGAUAAGACUAAUAGUCAAGCUAAAAAGACUAUUAUUGAAGCCAUUGUACCUUUAUGUAAUAGUAUUACUGAAAGAUAUAGUGCCUUUGAUGAAACUAAUCAUCUGAGAAAUAUCGCGACUUGGAAACCAGUAAUUGUCGAGAUUUAUCAAGGUUAUGUUGAAUUAGAUGAUGAAGAUUUUAUUCAGUAUACUCCAAUAAUGUAUACAUUAACGCUUCGAUUGUUUUCUAGAAGUAUGUCUACAGAUUUACGAGCAGCUAUUAGAGCCUUCUUAGCUCGAGUAGGUGAACAGUUUAUUAAGGGGACAAGUACGUAGUGGAGUGCACUACUGAUUUAGUCAGUAAUAGUACACUACCUAUGUACUAUUCCACUACAGUGCACUAACUAUAGCGCACUAACUACAGUGCACUACUACACUAUCUAAUACAAUAUCUAUAGUAUGUAAUACUCUACCAAAAUUAAUGUAAAC